AUGGAUACAUUCACCCCGAAGCCCAAGUCGGCCUGUAGCCUGGCCACGUGCUCGUGGAAACAGAACAAGUGGUGCUACACAGAACCUGGGAACGAGACCGCCACCUGUGUGUGUCGCCCUGGGUUCGCGCCUGUGGGCGAAGAGUGUAUCGAAGCCAUCACGUUCCACCUGUACGUGUUGAUGCCGGGUGAACACAUGGCCAGUCUGAACGACCCCCACUCCGAGCACUACCAGAGGACCACAGAGGAAUUCACCAAUACGGUCUCUCAGCUUCACAAUAACGGAGAUGUGCGGGCACUGGAUGCCAAUUUCCUGGCCAUGUCGUCAGUGUCUUACUCGGGAGGGAUGCCCAGGGCUACCAUCGCCAAGGCACUCGUACACUACAGGCAGAGUUCUGAACUUACACCCAACCGUUUGGAGCAGGCCUUGCAAGAUUCUGCCGCCAACCGUGCGGUUUCCAACCUAAACAGGGACACCAUGGAGGUUACAGAUGAAAACGAGUGCUCGAAACAGAAAGGCCAUCUCAGUGACUGCCACCCACAAGCCACGUGUAGGAACACCCUGGGAUCGUUUGAGUGCGUGUGUAACGAAGGGACUGUGGACAUGAGCUACGCCUUCGGGGCACCGGCUGGGCGGUUCUGCUACGGAAAGUGCACCACGUGGCGUUGUGAGACAGGGGAAGAGGUCAUGCAAGUCGGCACACUUAGAGGAGAUGAGACGAUGUGCGUCCACCCAUUGAGAAGAAACAUGUGUCACAUGACAAGCCCUAUACCCUCAUGGCUCACCGAUUGGGGCGACUUGCGGCUUUGGCUGGUACUGCUGGGUUUUGUGAUCGCCAUCGUUGGGUUCAUCAUUCUGAUCUACUACCUGUGCCGUAUGUACCGCCAGAACAAGAAGAAACGCAUGGAGAAGAAACGGUCUUCACACGAGUUGUACUCCGAGUACUGGCCGUGUCAUCGUGUCAGGAAGGUGUCAAUCAUCGGUUUCGACAUCAAGCGGAGGGACAGCUUCCAGUCCAAGGCAGCGGCACAGGCCAGCAAGAUCAAAAUGGCCAGUGGCACAGCUGGGAGGAAGUCCGUCACAGACGCUGGUGGCAGCAUGCACUGGAACCUGUCCUCCUCACGACUUCCGUCGGUCUCCGACGAAGAUGAAUCAACGUUUGCUGCUGAAAACAACAUUAUAUAAACAACAACAGACAUGACAACAGAGACCCAUAUGCCGUACUAUCAAGGAAAUCAAGUCAACUCAACUUCAACACGAACGACUGAUUUUGCUUCAAUGUAGUCUAUGAAUUGAUUUGACAAUUCAAAACAAUGCAAUACAUCGUGAAUUUUCGUAGUGAUGGUCUCGCAAUUAUAUUCAGAAACGUUCACUGCGCAAAUUACGAAACCCCACAAUCACUGUACGAUAUCAAUUACUUGUUUUGGUGUGUGCAAUUCAUAGACAUCAGUUGUCACGAAGUGCUGUGCUUAUUAGAUCACACAAUCAAAGAGUGUAAUGAUUUGUGCGUAGACCUCUUGCAGUGAAUAUAUAAGCUGGCGCAUGUGUAACAAGAGAACAGAAGUUCUGUCCUACAUUAAUAGGAACAACAGCCACUGUAAAGUAUUAACGUUAUAUACAUACAAUUAUACUGUUUUCAAUAUGAAACUUUAUUAUCAUCACUCUAAUUGUGUAUUUAUAGAAUGCAUUCGUUCAAGCAUUUCACAUUAUUUGACAUAACUACUCUUCUAACAUACGCUGUAUUUGCUGUGACUGUACACGUAGAUACAUUGUAGUACCAAAUUCAGAUUCAGAUGCGAAUCUUACUACGUAGUAUUCUAUAUUAGAUCCCACUGUCAUCUGUACACUCCUCAUUUCACUUGACAUUUUAGUCAUGAUCAAACCGUUCUGUAUUUGUAAAGGCAUCUGUUAGUCACCCCCCCCCCGAAAAGUAAUUGUAAGAUACGACUUUUCUAAAAAGGUGUUCAGUGGGGAAAACUAUCGUCUCUUUGACGUAAGUGUAAAGGUUAAAAAGAUCGGGAUGUUAUGAAAUUGGGAUGAUAUAAAAGUUGUACUUUUGUGUUAAUACUUGGUCAUAUUCCAAAUUGUUUGAAUAGGAGAAGGGUCAGUAUAUUAGUCUAAAAUAAUGUACAUUACGUCGUAUCUCACAUACUUCUCUGUAUUAGUCGUCAUUUUGCUGUUUUGUUGUGAAAUAAAAGGCCUUGAAUUGAA